UGUGUGGUCAUUCAAUUAUCUGUCUAGCAAUCUCAGUUCUGCCUUUGUUGGUAGCUUGAUAAACACCCAAAUUCAAAUGGGGAAUACUUUCCUCAACUUAGCUCUUCUUAUCAUCUUCCAUUUUUCUAUGCCUACUUUCUCUAUGAAAUUAACCACCAUACUUACAGAUCAAUCAGCUCUUUUAGCACUAAAAGAUCAUGUUAUUCAUGAUCCUGAAAAUGUCUUGACAACUAACUGGUCAGCCUCUGCCCCUGUUUGCAAUUGGUUUGGUGUAAGUUGUGGAUCCAAGCACCGUAGAGUCACAGCUCUAAACCUUACUGGGUUGGGACUCGUAGGCACCCUUCCACCUCACUUAGUAAAUUUAUCAUUCCUUUCUCUUCUUCGUAUCACAAACAAUAGUUUCUAUGGCAGAUUACCAGUCCAGUUAUCCAAUUUGCAUCGGCUGAAAUAUCUAAGCUUUGGUAGUAACUACUUCAGUGGAGAAAUCCCUUCAUGGUUGGGAUCAUUAACUGAACUUGGAGGGAUGUCUCUGUACCACAACAACUUCAAAGGUGUUAUUCCAUUCUCUUUAGGCUAUUUGUCAAAGCUACAGAUCUUGGUCUUGUCUGAAAACCGGAUUUCAGGUUCAAUACCCUCCUCCAUCUUUAAUAUAUCUUCGUUGCAAAUAAUUGAUCUAAGCGAUAAUAUGCUCUCUGGUUUCAUACCCUUUGUUCCACGAGAUUUGUUUUUGCUAGAAGUCAUCGAUUUCACCUCCAAUAAUCUCAGUGGUCAUAUCCCAAAAGAUAUGUUUGGUCAUCUUCCAAAUUUCAAAGAAUUGUACUUGAGUUUUAACCAGCUUUCUGGUAGAAUUCCUGCCAGCCUAUUCAAGUGCAAAGAGUUACAAAUGUUAUCUCUAUCGUAUAACCAAAUGGAGGGGAGCCUACCAAUAGAAAUUGGGAAUUUGAGUAUGCUUCAAUACAUCUAUAUUGGUCGGAAUCACUUUGAAGGUAUAAUACCACAUGAGAUUGGCAACCUAAAGAAUCUAAAAGUGUUGACUAUAACAUCUAACAAUAUUGCUGGUUCUAUUCCUCCACAAGUAUUUAAUAUUUCAACUCUAACGAUAAUUUCUUUGGAAACAAAUCAACUCUCUGGCCAUCUUCCAUCAAACAUGGGCCUUUUCCUUCCAAACAUGGAGAAAUUAUAUCUUGGUUUGAAUCACCUUGUCGGCUCGUUCCCAAUGUAUAUUUCCAAUGCCUCUCAGCUUACUCUUCUUGACAUGUCUAGUAAUUACUUUUUACGGUCCAUUCCUGAUAAUCUGGGAAAUCUAAGAAAUUUAAAGAUUCUCAACCUGGAGAAUAAUAAUUUAACUUCCUCAAGAAUGAGCUUUCUCUUUUCCUUGACAAACUGUAGAGUCUUGGAGAAGAUUCUUUUCGGUAUCAACCCACUUAUUAGUGGUGAACUUCCAAGACUGGUAGGAAAUCUCUCAAGUUCUCUUGAACGGUUCUCUGCUUAUUCAUGCAACAUCAGAGGUAGCAUCCCCAGUGAAAUUGGAAACUUAAGCCACUUGAUAAACAUUGAGCUCGGAGGCAAUAAAUUGAUAGGACAGAUUCCUACUACAAUUGGUGUAUUGGAAGACUUGCAAAGUCUUUCUCUUGAAAACAAUAAGUUGGAAGGAUCCAUCCCAUCUGAGUUAUGUCAUCUAAACAAAUUGGCUUUCUUGUUCUUGACCAAUAACAAAUUGUCUGGACCAAUACCUGCUUGCCUAGGUGAUCUUGCUUCAUUAAGGAAACUAUUUCUCGACUCCAAUAUGUUCUCCUCCUCAAUACCUUCCACGUUGACAAGGCUUAACUAUCUCCUCAUCCUAUACUUGUCUUCAAAUUCUCUAAGUGGUCCACUGCCAAUUGACACUGGAAAAUGGAAAGUUUUGACUAGUUUGGAUUUGUCGAACAAUCAGUUCUCAGGUGAUAUCCCAACUGGAGUUACAGAUCUCAAGGACCUCACUCAUUUUUCCUUAUCCAAUAAUAAAAUCAUGGGUUCUAUUCCUGAGUCUUUUGAUGAAUUAUUGAGUUUGGAAUUCUUGGACUUGUCAAGAAAUAAUCUAUCUGGAGAGAUUCCCAAAUCCUUAGAGAAACUCCGUUAUCUCAAAUAUUUCAAUGUCUCUUUUAAUAGACUUGAAGGAGAAAUUCCUGAAGGAGGAUCAUUUGGAAACUACACAAUCGAAUCAUUUAAGGGGAAUGAAGCCUUGUGUGGUGCAACUCGACUUCAUGUUCCAAACUGCAAAACUAGACCUCUUAGAAAUUCCAAGGCAAAAACUAAGCUGAACUCAUAA